UAUUAUUGUUGGUGACAAAUCAUUUCCAACCUUCACCAACCCAUUACCUAUACCAACCACAAUUCUUUGCUAUUCAUUCAUUUUCACCAACUACCCACCUCAUUUUUUCCCUCUUUAUUUCAGAUACUCUCAAUUUUUGUGACUACUGAUCAAUCAACAAUGGGUGAAGAGCGUAAGGUGUUCACUUUGGCUGAUGUCUCUAAGCAUAACAGUGCCAAAGACUGUUGGCUUGUUAUUCAUAACAAGGUUUACGAUGUGACAAAGUUCUUGGAGGACCACCCCGGUGGAGAUGAAGUUCUAAUUUCUUCCACAGGGAAAGAUGCGUCUAAUGAUUUUGAUGAUAUUGGUCACAGUACAAGUGCUUAUACAAUGAUGGAAGAGUAUUAUGUUGGAGACAUUGAUUCAUCAACCAUCCCUUCUAAGGUUGAUUACACUCCACCGAAACAACCUCACUAUAAUCAGGACAAGACAUCAGAGUUCGUUAUCAAGAUCCUCCAAUUUCUAGUUCCCUUGUUUAUCUUGGGUGUGGCAGUUGGUAUUCGUUUCUACACCAAAUCAACACAAUGAUUUAAACAGCAAGAAACUUAAAUAUUAGCCGCAUUUGCAAUAAUAUGUUAUUGUUGAAUGUUGAAAGACAGGCAUGUUUUGUUUUCAAGUGUUCAAACUAUGAGGUUUGCUAGGAUAUGCUAUAUGAUGUUGUGCUUGUUUGCCUUUUCAUUGUAAUUUUCUGUUAAAUCUCAUAUUGUUUUUCUCUGUCAUUCAUUUCCUACCGGAACCGGAACAGUUUUAUGGAGUUUUAACAGUAUAAAAUUUUGGUUCAUUCUCA